GACGUGGGCGCGGGCGCGGGCGCGCGCGGUGUCGCCUGAGCAACGAGGCUUAACCGGGACGCGUCCUCUCGCCCGUGUGGCCUUCACAUUGGAUUUUGGGUGGCAGUAAAACAUGAUUAUCCUAAGAUGAAAUUUAUCAAUUAAAAAUUGAAAGACCAAUAACUUGAAUGUAUCAAAAGACAAACAACUUGAUGACUACACUUCUUUCAAGGCACUUCAAUCCAUACUAAAUAUCUCCAUUCAAUGCCCAACUCUACAGAAAAUCAACCAGCAAAGCCUACUGAGAAUACAAAUAGUUUCAAUGUCAUUGAAGAGUUUGCUGCUGGUGACGGACCAAAAGCUUCUAAUGCAGAUUUGCUCUCCUAUCGUGGCACUUGCCUUUGUCCUCUUGAAACCGGACAUAGGACAUGGAAGUUUCCUGUGCUCCAAGCUCAAGAAGUGUUUUAUAAUGUCUGUUCAGAUUAUGGUUUAUUAAACCAGGCCACUAUUAUUGCGAAUGCGCCUCUUUCUUCUAAUGAUGCAAUUCCUUUGCAAGAUGAUACUUCAGCAGAUGCUCAGAUGGAUGCAGCUACUUAUGCAGACAUUCAGGUUGACCCUCCAGAUGUGACCCACAGAGGUAAUGCAGAAAUAGGCACUUUGUCUGACCUCCAUGGAAAACAGCUGCUUGCCUGGGAGCUAGAUACAGCAGAUUUUAAAAUAGUAACAUCUAAUUUGAGUAGAACAGGGCACGUUAAGAAAAAAAGUACAAAAAAGAUGAAACCAUUAGAGAUGCACAACCCAAAAAUCAUUGAUUCCUCUCCAUAUGCAGUGCUAGAAGAAAUAAAACAACGCAAAGUUUUGGAUCUUCGAAGAUGGUAUUGCAUCAGUCGUCCUCAGUACAAGACGUCAUGUGGAAUUUCUUCUUUAACUUCUUGUUGGAACUAUUUGUUUAGUACCUGUGGAACAGGAAGUCUGCCACCAAUUACCCAAGAGGAAGCUUUACAUAUCUUGGGUUUUCAAGAGCCCUAUGAAGACAUCAAAUUCGGACCCUUUACAGGAAAUGCAACAUUAAUGAGAUGGUUCAGGCAGCUCAAUGAUCAUUUUCACAUGAAAGGCUGUUGCUAUGUUUUAUACAAGCCUAAUGGAAAAAACAGGACAGUUGGAGAAACUGCUGAAGGAGCUCUAAUGAAGUUAACCCAAGGGCUGAAGGAUGAGUCUAUGACUUUCGUCUACCACUGCCAGAAUCAUUAUUUUUGUCCUAUUGGAUUUGAAGCUACCCCUUUAAAAGCAAAAAAGCAUAUCAGUGAAGGGAAGCUCCAUUUUGAUGAAAUGGAAUUCUGGAUUUUAAUAGGUGAACCAAGUAAGAAACAUCCAGCCAUUCACUGUAAAAAGUGGACAGACAUAGUGACCGAUCUCAAUACUCAGAAUCCUCAGUACCUUGAUAUUCGAAAUACUGACAAGGGUAUACAGUCCAGAAAAACCCUAAAGGUUGGUGGAAACCUGCAUUGUAUAAUGGCGUUCCAGCGACUGAACUGGCAGAGGUUGAACACUUGGAUGAUGAACAUUGGAAAUUUUAGAUAUGAAUCUUCCAAGAGGUCAAGAUGCAAGGCCAAUACUUCCAAAUCUGACCUAGCAAGCAACUUAAGUGACCAUGAUGAACCAACAGUUGACAGCAGAAGUAGUGGUGAUGGUUUCCCGCAGGUGUCUGAGUGGAACCCAAUCUCCCACCCAUAUGAAUACAGAGAUGGAGUAUCGCCUGAAAGUGAAACUGAUGACGAAAGAAGUUGCAGCCCCGCCCCCUCGAGCUCGGUGGCUAAACCGCCGUCAAUAACCGUCACCUCACGCGCUCCGCUCAUCGCCCCCUCUCCCCGCCCCUCGCGCGUGAGCGACACGUGGCUCAGCCAAUCACUGUGCCGCCGAGUGCAGAGGGCGGCGUCUUCCUGCGACGGCUUCCGGUUUGUGUCACACUUCAUGCGAUCCGCGGAUACAUGCUGUGAAGGAACAUUAGACACAGACAGAGUGAAUUUCAGCUUUGCCAUGGGUGUUCAAGGACUGUGGAAAUUGUUGGAGUGCACAAGACAGCCCAUAAAUCCAGAAACUCUGGAAGGAAAAAUACUUGCUGUUGAUAUCAGCAUUUGGUUAAAUCAAGCAGUGAAAGGAGCACGGGAUCGCCAUGGAAAUGCUAUACAUAAUGCCCACCUUCUGACUUUGUUCCAUCGACUUUGCAAGUUGUUGUUUCAUCGAAUAAGACCGAUAUUCGUCUUUGAUGGAAAAGCACCUUUGCUCAAGAAACAGACUUUAGCCAACAGACGUCAAAGAAAGGAACUGGCAACUAGAGAAAGCAAGAAAACUACAGAUAAGUUAUUGAAAACCAUCUUGAAGAGACAAGCUCUAAAAAAUGCUUUAGGAAGCAAAAGUGAGGAGAUCGUUCCAAGUCUUUCCCAAGUCCGAAAAGAAGAAAUUGAUGACAUUUAUGUAUUACCUCCAUUGGAGAAGAAAGAAGAGAACAGUUCCGAUGAGGAGGCAGAAAAGGAAUGGGAGGAACGAGUGAAUAAUAGAAAACUAUUGCAGAAUGAAUUUCUUGAGAAUCCUCAUUCUAUAGACAUUGAAUCAGAAGAUUUUGCAAGUCUCCCUCCCGAAAUGAGACAUGAAAUCCUGUCUGAUCUCAAAGAGUUCACUAAGCGUCAAAGAACUCUGAUCUAUUCUAUGCCUGAGGAAUCAACUGAUUUUUCCCAGUACCAGCUGACGGGUCUCCUUAAACGGAACAAGCUAAAUCAACACAUUGAGGGGAUUCAGAAGGAGAUGAAUGAACAGUACUCGGGGCAAAUUCAACUUCAGUACAACAAAGAGGGUGGAUUUGUGAAGGAUGUAGAAACUAGACGGCUUGUGUCAGAAGACUCUACACACUAUAUUUUGCUAAAAGGGCUCAAGUCAAAGAAUACUGAAAAUGAAGAACCUGGUUUACAAACUGCUACGAAUCUACAGAAAACAAACAGCUCAACUUCAACAUCAGUGGGUCCACACAGUGAUCAGAAGCCCUGUGUAGCCUCACGUCCACCAUCAUCUCCGACAGACAGAGCAGCCAAAGCUACCACAUCUGACAAUGACGGCAGUGUUGCUGCUGCUGCUCCUCCUUCCCCACGGACUUUGAUUGCGAUACAGGCAGCCAUGCUCGAAAGCAGCUCAGACGAAGAAACUGAAUCAACAGAAAAUAAGUUACUUUUUCGCAACCAAGACUGGCCACAGCACUCAACCAAUGUUGCCGCAACAAACAUGAACGUGUCACCAAGGACGUAUCGAGCCAUUCAGGAUGCUUUAGAAGAUGAUGAAAUAACAACAGAGACGGGAUGGGAUAGUCUCAACAAAUGCAACAGUUCUAGAAAACGACCUGCUUUAAGCAGCAGUUCAGAGGAUGACAGUGAAAACAAGCUGCUCAAAACGUCUGUGAAUGCACAGAAUUCGUCAAGUGAACAGACGAUCUCCCAAACUGUUGGUUUAAAAGAUCAAAGCUGUGUUGAACCAAAAGAAGGUUCUAUAACAAGUUCCCAGAACACUUUAACCAAAGUAGAAAAUCAAAGUGCUAGCAGUGUUGCGUCAAAUGCAGUGGACACUGUUAAGAUUGAACAGAAUAUUCAAGAAUUAGAUUUUCAGUCUCUUGAAGUUAUUAAAAAACCUGAGGAUCCUGACUUAAUAAAUUCAACAGAUGGACAAACCAGCUUUAGCAAUGGUGAAUAUAUUCAUCUUCGUGAAAAAGUUCUGUCCAGCGAAUCUAAAAAUGCAAACAAUGCAGCAUCUCCAAAGCCUCCUUUCCCUAUCACUCCAGUUCCCACCCAGGCUGUCAUUUUUCUAAAACCUGAGAUACAAGAUUUGAACAAUUCCGUUCCCAUUGCAGAUCAGAAGCAAGGAUCUGUGGAAGAAGCCCUUGAUCGUGGGAAAAUGCAGAUUAAUAUUGGAUCCGAGAGUGAUUCUGAUGAUAGUUUCAUUGAAGUUGAUGACACCAGUAAAGUGGGCUCAAGCAGCGAUGUCUUUCCUUCUGAUACCUUUACAACUUCCAGUUGUGAAAGUGAAUCCAAGCCAGCUCCUACUGGUGGUACGCAAUCUUCAGAAACCAUAGAGAAAGAUACUGAAGAACUGUCUCAAAUCCUUACUCUCAGUCCUUUAGAAGUAGAGGAACCAGUUCCACAGGAGAUGAUUGAGGAAACUGAGGAGAACGCGUGGGAUGAUAUUGAUCUGGAGGAGAUCGAGGCACUGGAGGACAACCUGUUUGUAGAACAGUCAAAUCUCCAGACUCAAAAGCGGCGGCAAGAACAAAUGGCUGCCACUGUCACAGGACAGAUGUACUUAGAAAGCCAGGAGUUGCUACGGCUUUUUGGCGUUCCUUACAUUGUUGCUCCCAUGGAAGCAGAAGCUCAAUGUGCCUUUUUGGACAUGACCGAUCAAACCAAUGGGACAAUCACUGAUGAUAGUGAUGUAUGGCUAUUUGGAGCACGACAUGUGUAUAAGAAUUUCUUCAGUCAAGAUAAGUAUGUGGAAUACUACCAGUAUGUCCACAUUCAUAACCAGCUGGGACUUGACAGAACAAAGCUGAUCAAUCUUGCCUAUCUCCUGGGAAGUGACUACACGGAGGGCAUCGCUACUGUAGGCUAUGUAACAGGAAUGGAAUUACUGAAUGAAUUCCUUGGACCCGGGCAACAGCCUCUUAUUCAGCUUCGAGACUGGUGGAAUGAAGCCCAAAACAAUAAGAGACUGCAAAGUAAUCCCAAUGAUACAAAAGUGAAAAAAAAGCUGCGAGAACUGAAGAUUUCUCCAGGGUUUCCAAAUGCAGCAGUAGCCGAAGCAUAUCUGAAACCAUCAGUAGAUGAAUCUAAGGAAUUACUCUCGUGGGGAAAACCCGACUUGGACCAGAUCAGGGAUUUUUGUAAGAAUUAUUUUAGCUGGAACAAGACAAAGAUUGAUGACAUUCUUUUACCCAUAAUAAAGAAACUUAAUGUCCAUCAGACUCAGCAACGUAUUGAUACGUUCUUCAGGGUAGAGCGUCAUGAGCAACAAGCAAUAAAAAGCCAGAGACUGCGCAGAGCUGUGACUUGCAUCUUAAGGAAGGAUCGUGAAGAAACUUUGGCAGAGGUGCAGGAAGCAACUGCUGCAAUGGGGGAGGCUACCAAAUGUACAGGGCAAAAGCGAGGUGGAGAACAGGCAAUGGCUAUCCAAGAAAGAGCCAGUGGCUCUCAAUCACAGACCAGGAAAAGGCAAAAGCCACAGAAAUCUCCACAAGGUCUUUGCAGUGGAGGUUUUAUUGGAUCUGCAAGCCUGGCCGAGGCACCACCUUCGGAGGAUGAGGUUGAAGUAGAAGCGACAAAUUCCAAAAGGCUUGGGUUGAAUGCCAGAAGUUUAGAGAAGCAAAUGAAAGGAAGAGAAAAUAAAAAUGACAAUACAGCUGUUGAUAUGAGCAGCAGCUCAGGGGAUGAGGAGGAUGAGGGGGCUGCUAAAAUGAUAACGGCUAGAUCUGUCUUUGGAAAAAGAGGAAAGUUGAAAGGAGCCAGAGGAAAUCCAAGAAAAAAACGUUGAUAUUAAAAUGCUAAAUUGUUGUUUGUGCAAUGAUUUUGCUGUUACACAGCACUAUCUGUAAAUAUGGCAUUCCAAGGAAAUUAACUAUUCUCUUCAGCUCAGAUCUGUAUGGACUGACUUUUAUAUGUAAUUUUUCAGCAUCAUUAGGAGUUUUUUUCUGCAAUGCAAAUCCCUCUCUUCUGUGACUAGAAGGUUGAAUGCUGGAGUGACCAACUAAGACUGAUUUGUUUGCAAUUUAUCGAGUACUUGAUCAGUAGGAAAAUUUGUGUCGGUUAAUUCACUUAUCAUGUGGAGUUCAACUCUUUCCCACCUCCUAUUGUCUGAUGCAUUGUGCUUUGUCUUGCAAACACCAUGAUGCUUUGAACCACUGUGGUUGACUCUGGCUUGAAGGCCACUGUAUUAUUGAUUAUUUUAUGAUGCCAUCACUCCAGAGAACAGGUAAUAAGAAAAGAAAACCUCUUCAAUCUAACUAGACUCAAGGAACUAGAAUCAACACAAGUUUCAUCAAGACAAAUUAUGUCCAAACAAGGAUACUUGGAAACAAACUGAUUGAAGUUAAUUACUCAAGGAUUAUUUAUAAUUCUUGUUUAUACUUCUAGAAUUUCAAAAAUUUGGCAGUAGAAAAAGUUGGAAAUGAACACACUUACAAUACCCAGCAAAUUGCAAUUCACAUAUCUGACCUAUCUGAUGGGCCAGGAGCAACUGGCAACCAGAAGACAUUUACUCCUAUGAUGGAAUAGUAGCAAAUAAAGGCUUAUUUUGAUUUGUCA